CGGCCCGGCGUGGACUUACCGUUGGCCUGGUCGCCAGCUCUACACCACCUCAAACUUAACUUCCUUUCUUGUUAAUUGUUAUUGCUUAUUUACAGAUUUUUUUUUUUCUUCUGAAAAUAAAACAGACCUAAAAUUCAUUCCCUUCAUCACCGUAACUGAAACCUCUCUUCUAUGCCAACAUCAAAUUAAACAGGCAUACGAAUAAUAUUAGCUGGUCGCGGAAUUUCCAUAGAGAUGGCGAUCCUGUACGCUGUAGUGGCACGAGGGACGGUGGUGCUGUCGGAGUUCAGCGCAGUGGCAGGGAACACAGGGGCAGUGGCUAGGCGGAUCCUCGAGAAGCUCCCAUCGGAGGUCGAUUCUAGGCUGUGCUUUUCCCAAGAUCGUUACAUAUUUCACAUACUCAGAUCCGAUGGCCUCACUUUUCUCUGUAUGGCUAACGAUACCUUCGGCAGGAGAAUUCCAUUUUCAUACUUGGAGGAUAUUCAUAUGAGGUUCAUGAAAAACUAUGGUAGAGUGGCCCAAUAUGCACCUGCUUAUGCAAUGAAUGAUGAGUUUUCGAGGGUCUUGCAUCAGCAAAUGGAAUUUUUCUCUAGCAACCCUAGUGCUGAUACUCUCAAUCGUGUAAGGGGUGAAGUUGGUGAGAUUCGAACAAUCAUGGUAGAAAACAUUGAGAAAAUACUAGAGAGAGGUGAUCGGAUUGAGCUUCUUGUUGACAAAACUGCCACAAUGCAAGACAGUGCAUUUCACUUCAGGAAGCAGUCUAAGCGUCUUCGGAGAGCACUUUGGAUGAAAAACGCCAAACUCUUGGCCCUGUUGACAUGCGUGAUUGUUCUGUUGCUGUACAUAAUAAUUGCUGCUUGUUGUGGAGGCAUCACUCUACCUUCAUGCAGAUCUUAAUUGGUUGUUUUACUGUUGUUGAAUUUCUUCGGAGGUAUGUUAUAAUGAAUCGUGAGAACCAGUUAUAUGCUAUGAUUAGAAAGGGGAGCUAAAAUCAGUUACAAAAUUUUGAAGCUCAUGUUGUGAAAUCUAUACCUCUACAGGGUGGCCAGAAAUAAUACUGUAGGUUGACAUGCUGUUGUUGCAUAUGUAUAAGUGAUAUAUAUUUGAGAAGUGAGUUCAGCUCCCUUUUCUUUUCCCAUGAAGCAUCUGUGUAUACUGUAAAUGCCCGGAUUUUUUUGUAUCGUGUUGUCUAGUGUUAAGAAACAUUCUGCUUUCAGAUACUUUUAUACAUCUACAAAAUUAUUUGGUUCAGUCUGUAAACUAUGAUUUAAUUGUUUCUCCUUUAUAUAUUGUGACAUGUUUUAUCUUUCAGUAUCA